UUCCUAUAUAAUCCUCCAUUGGUACAUCUUCCCUUCAACAAAACAACCAGACUUCCGAGUUCACAGGUGAAGCCAGCAACAAUGGAGAAGUCCCCAGCCACUGCAGCAUGUCAUCAUGAACCAAUUUUCCAAGAAGAACUCGGUAUUCUCAUCCUUUUCACUAUCCUCACCUGGUCCAUCUCAAAGCUUCAGAGGUUCUUCCCCAGUUCUUUCCAGUCCUGCAGUUGUCCUGUCUCCAACACAACCUCGACGCCUGUCCUCGCCAACACAGAGAUAUCCAAGGCACCGAAUAAUAAUGAAUACAAUGAGGUAGAUAAGAUGCAAUCUGAUGCUGAGAUAGCCAUGAGAAAGAUGGGGUUCAAUUUUGAUCAAGAACAUAGUGUGGCCUUGAACGCAAUUAGCUCUGAAUGUAUCUCUACGCUGUUCGUGGACGAAGAACCUAGCUUGCAGGAAGUGAAAAUGGCGUUCUUGCUGUUUGAUGAGAACAAUGAUGGGUACAUCGACGCAUCAGAUUUGCAAAGAGUUUUUCGGGACCUAGGAUUAGGAGAAGGAGUAGGGUUAAGUGAGUGUGAGCAGAUGAUUUCCAGAUAUGAUAUGAACGAGGACACGAGGAUAGAUUUUAUAGAGUUCACCAAUGUUUUGGAAGCCAGCUUUUGCUAAAAUUAUUCCGAUGUAUAUUUUUUUUCUUACACGCAGUGAUUUGUAUUUAACAUUUUGUGAUUUACCGAGUUAGUAUCCCAGUUUAGUCGAGAAUUCAAUUGUGGAUCUUUGACUAAGCUAUUACAAAGGCAACUUCUCGGCCAACAGGACCUAUUAUGCCAGUUUGGCAUACAAUGGGCAGUUCCCUCAUUGUCUAA